AUGACUACAACGAAAAGCCUUGUUCUCCUUCUUGCUGUAGUGCUUCUUAUAGCCGUAGCUCCGUCAGCUAAUUCCAUCCCCAUCCUCGGCAACGAUGUUUCCGGGAUAGUGGGUAAAGCCCUUGCUUUGUGCACCCCGACUGGAGGAAACCCUACUGGCCUGCCGGUUGCCAAUGUAACCGUGGUUCUGACAAUAAGCGGAAUUCCGAUCGCACAGGGAAUAACCGAUGCCAACGGGAGAGUUGUGCUUGUCGCCAACUUAUCCGUCUUAGGUAUCAAUUUGCUGCAACCAUUAUCCAACCUCGUUGCAAUCGUUCAACUUCCCGUCACGUCCCUAGCAUGUCCGGUUCUUCAAACCGCCACCGGAAUCCUUAGGGCCCCGGUCACCUUAACCUCUGCCGUUACUGAGGUCAAUGGUUUGCUGUUGACUGUUGCUACAAUUGGGGAUUUUCUGAUUGUACCUGUUCUGGGUUGA